AUGAGUCAGAUUAGCCAGAAAGGACUCAAGCCAGAGAAGCAGAGAACCCCCGCAACCCAUCCGCUUAAGCUUGAAAAUAGGUUGAAAGAACAUGCCAAAAAGAAGAGCGAGAAAAGGGCCCGCGAGUUCCUGGGCCGGCAGCAGAAGAUCGAACGGGAGCUCGAUCCGAGUCUGUCCCGCCGUCCGAUGCCGCACCGGCCUUCGAACUUGCUGCAAACGCUAAAGCAAAAGCUGUGGUCCGGUAGCCAGACACAGUCACAGAUGACGACAACGACGUCAACGACUACGUUCAGUGCUCUGGUGGGUGGAUCGGUUGCGCGAGGUGGAGGGGCAGUUAAGAAGCGAACGAAUGGCAUGAAAACCCGACAGCCAAUGGACAAUGGAAAUUUUGAAAUUGGCGAAAUGGAGGCGAACAGUAAAAGGAUCGUACAAUCGAUACAGGGUUUACGGCGAGACUCGCAGGUGCUGUACGUGGGAACCUACCGUUCGAACGAUGACUUCAAUGCCUCGGACCGGCGGGGUAAGCUGAAGGACAUGUUCGACGUUCACUCGAACGGCGAUGACAAUGACGAUGCGUACGAGGACAGUGGCAGUGGGGCUAGCGGGAAAUUUGGAACAAUUUUCCGGACGCACAGUCAGCCCGACUUUCUGUUAGCCGGCGCUACCAAUGAGGUGACAACGGACGUCCUCCUGCAGCGACCGUCGGGACUGUUUAGUCGGCCAUCGUUCAGUAACUUGGCCUUCCCUCGAUCCGUUUCGAAGGUACGCGCCCAGCUCAGCAACGAACAGUCGUCCAGUGCGUCCUCGCACGGCUCGAUGACGGUCAAACCGAUGCGAAGGGAAGCGAUCAAGCCCCGCUCGCAGCUGUUCAUCCCGGAUUCGGACUCGGACGUCGAAAGCUUCGACAACGAAGAGAACGACUCGUUAGCGAUUUUGCGGUUUUUGGCUGCCUUCAAGCUAGAAGAUUACUAUCCAGUAUUCCAAAAGAACGAAAUCUAAACACUGAUGAUCCUCACGGAGAAUGAUAUCAAAUCGCUCGGUCUGCCACUCGGGCCGUACCGGAGGCUUUGCAACGCGAUACAGGAGCGAAAGGAAGCCUUGGUCAAUCCGGGCACUAUAUCAGACAGUCGACUUUAAUCCAUUUGAUAAGCAUAGUUUACCACGGAAGGUAAACUUGCAAAUGGAGCUGAUGCCUUGGCGUGUACAUUGAAAAUGGAUCGCAUUUAGCUGCUGUACAGUAGUGUAGUGCAUAGUAUACUUUUCUUUUUUAAUUGGACCCUAGUACACCCCCUUAGGCCCUAUACGAAUUAAAUUAUUAGUAAUUUUAUGUACAU